UGUGUAAUGAUUUUCUAUAUGUUUUCCCUGAUAUGAUAGCAAGAUGUAGAUAGAUAGAUAAAUAGAUAAAUAUGAGAUAGAUAGAUUGAUAAAUAGAUAUUGAUGAAUAGAUAGAUGUGAAUUAAUAGAUAGAUAGAUUAAAAGUUAAGUUGUGCAAUGAUUUUCUAUAUGUUUUUCCCUGAUAAUGUUUCCCUUUGGCGCCCGCAUUCAUACGUUCUUAUCGUUCAGCGUUGGCCUUUAUUCUGCCGAUUCUUUUUCUCCGGUUAUGUGAUGCUCUGAUUUUUCUUUUAAUAAUUCCAUCAACAAAAAAAAGCUGCAAUAAAUGGCGGAAAGUAGGGUAUCUGCUCGGUACAAUCUGCCCUGGCACAACAGGCGUGGGAGGAGGUUUGAACCUUUUGUGUUUUUUUUUUUUUCCUCCUGUGAAUCUUCGGCUCAGAUCCUCCUACCAGGGGGCUGAGCCUUGUGCUCACACAGAUAUAAGGCAGGAUCCCUCAGUCAGGGGAACCAGUGGUGCACAAACAUGUGCUAGGGAUUUACAGGGAUACUGAAUAGAGAAGACACAGAGCAGUGCCCUGCACAGGACAAUGAUGUAUUUGAACUCCUUUAAUCCUGAUGCCUUUUUGUGCGAUAAAGCCAAAGAACUUCGAUCCUCCAUUGGCACCUUCAUUCACAAAGUAGACGUUGGGCACAAGCUCAUGCCAACCAGCUUGUACAAGAAGAAAGACAACAACAGAAACUGUCUGAAAGAAGCCAUGAAAUGGAAAGAAUCUUUUCACCAGCUGCUUAGUAGCAAAGAUGGGCUGUCAGCCUUUCGCACUUUCCUAAAGACAGAAUUCAGCGAGGAGAACCUGGAGUUCUGGAUAGCCUGCGAAGACUACAAAAAGACGCCAUUGGGAAACAAACUUUCUGGCAAAGCUCAGUGCAUAUUUCAGGAAUUCCUGCAGACCGGAGCCCCUCGAGAGGUCAAUAUUGAUCACCAGACCAGAGAACACACUCGCCAGCAGGUAGCGGUCGUCUGUCGCAAUUGUUUCGACGCGGCGCAGGAACAGACUAGAAUACUAAUGGAAAAGGACUCCUACCCCCGAUUCUUGAAAUCCCCCUUUUACCAGCAACUCCUAGCACAGUCGUCUAUUAGGAAAUUAAAAUUAACUUUUACAUGAAAGGGGCAUGAAGGACGCAAUAUGGAAGUGACAUCGCUGAGAUACUGAGCUCAGUAGAGUAACCUAGAGCCGGGUUCAUGAUAUCCCACACCAUGUAUUCUGGGGACUGGGCAUUGACUGAAGAACGAAGGCUUCCAAGUAGAGUCCACCAUGUUGGUGACCCGAAUACUGUAGAGCCAGUGAAGAGAGAGAAUCCAAUGGGUAUAGGAAUCCCGUGGCACCUAAUCCUUAUUCCCAACCGGCCAUGAUAUGGCGGCGCCUACAUUAACAAAUGCCUGUAAUCUUUUAUUUGCAUGUGGGAUAUUGCCAUGACUGACACCAUCUUUUCCAGGAGACUAGAAGUCUCGCUGUGAUCCCUAUCUUUUGUGUUCAUGUUUGUACAAUGUGUCUGGGCUGCUAAGUGUCACAUCCUCCCCCACGUCCGGUUGACUAUUUUCCUACUGCCAGGAAAGAAAAUGUUGUUAUUUUUUCUUUUCAAUGGCGGUCGAGAUGAGUAAUUGGUCGAUCAUCUGGAAAUGGUUUUCACCUGGGACUCGAUGGCUGCCAAGUAUUUGAGCUGUUGCCGCUAGUAAUAAUGUUAUCCAGUUACUAAAGAGAAAACAAUGUGAGGAAAUAGGAAACGAUGUAUAAUGUGUGACACAUUCCUGGACGCCGUUUUUUCCCCCCGGAAAACAGGAAUUAGGGAAACCUGUUGAAUUUGAAUGGAGUGUGGGCAGCAACCCAAUAUCUUUGUCUGACUAUAUAUAUAUAUAUAUAUAUAUAUAUAUAUA